AUGUGGGUAUGUCAUGUGUAUCAACAGCUUAUCAGUGUACAAUCAUUCAAUUUCACAAUUUCACAGGUCUAUUACAUGACUUAUGACCUUCAACGGGAAUAUGACACCAUAAAUCCUCAGACAUACUCUGAUGUUAUGGUGUUAUCUGGCAAAACAAGGCCCUGA